AUGACUGAUUUGCUUUUGAUAGAACAGUUUACUACUGCUUAUACAUUUCUUAAUGAUCAUCCUGAAAUUAAUUUAUCUAAUGAAACAAAACUUAAAGCAAGUAACCUCUAUGGUCAUUAUAAAGUUGUAACAGUAGGCAAAAACGAUACAGCAAAACCAUCUUUAUGGGACCUUAGAGGAAGAGCUAAAUGGGAUGCAUGGAAAGAAGUUGAAAAUACUCCUGCAGAAGUUGCCAUGCAAAUAUAUAUUGAAACUCUAGAACAAGCAAACAUUGAACAAGAAAGAAUGACUUAUGUUUCUACAAUGUGCUAUGAAAUGGAAGAGGAAGAUAAUAAUAAAGAAGAUGAUAUUUUUUCAUAUACAAAGAAAGGUAAUAUUGCAGAGUUAAGUAAAAUUUUAGACUCAGAUAAAGUAGAUAUAAAUGCCAAAGAUGAUCAGGGAUUAGCACUAUUACAUUGGGCAAGUGAUCAAGGUCAUUUAGAAGCUGUAAAAUUAUUGAUUGAAAGAGGAGCAGAUGUAAAUAUAUUGUCUGAUGUUGAAAAGGAAACGCCUUUACAUCAUGCUUGUAUUUCAGAAAAUUUAGAUUGUGCUAGGUAUUUAUAUCAUCAUGGUGCAAAUUCACUUAUUAAAGAUGCUGAAGAAUCUAUUGCAUUUGAUCACUGUAAUAUUCAAUUUAAAGAAGAAGUUAUUAAAGAAUAA